AUGUGUGAUCUGAAUACUGACAUCCUGGUGGACACCGGGUGUUCGUCCAUGACGCAUUCACACUACAACAUGAUAUCGGACAGCCCCUGUCUCCAUGGUGGGGUCUAUAACACCGCCGCACAAAAAUGUCGCUGUUACAAUGGCUACGUGGGAAAAUACUGUGAGAGGCUUAUGUACGACUGUUACGAUGGCCUUCAAUCUGGACAUUACGAUGGGCAGGAGAGUGGAUUUUAUAUCCACCCCAGUACCUCACCCUCGCCAUUCAGGGUGUUUUGCAGUAUGAAGUAUAAUGCAGGGCUUUAUAUAAUGAGUAAAGCGGCGUGGUACAGCCCUGAAGACUUCAACCGUGACUGGGAUGCGUACAAGGUCGGCUUCGGGAACCUGGAAUCUGGCGAAAACUUCUGGCUUGGCAAUGAGAAAGUAUACUUUGCUUCAAACAGUCGGAAUAUGACGUUAAAUAUCGAAAUACUCCACGGGGACAGCUUUAAUUUCAGACAACAUUACUACAAGGGAUUUAAGAUAUCUGACGAAGCGAGUGGCUACAAGGCUUCCUAUGUGAGUGCCUACACACACAGCGAUGUCUCUCAUGAACUCGGCAACUGCUUGGAGCACCAGGGAGAAAUGUUGUUCACCACCAUCGACCGCGACAACGACCUCAACGCCGGCGGAAACUGCGCACAAAUACAUCAGUCUGGCUGGUGGUACAACGACUGCGGCGGUUGUAACCCGACGGGGAAAGUGCAACCCCAGACCGAGUAUUACCAGAACUCGGAUCCGACUUAUGUGAAAGUACCCGUCGUAAACAACUAUGCGCCUCGAUUUGUAAAGGUAUCACUUGAGGUUUUCCCAUGAUCGUUGGGUAGCCGUGUAGAUAAAGCGUUCGCUCGUCACGGCGAAAGGACGAGUUCGAUUCCCGGCUUCGGUACUAUGUGUGAAGUUUAUUUGUGCUUUUUUACUGGGUGAUCGAUUGGUAGAUUUCUUUAAACAAAUAUUUGAUUAUAUUUUUAAAACAGUUCUACUUGUCAUAAAUAUGUGAGAUUUUGUGAAAUAGAUUUAACGUCGUUUGAUAUGGAAUGCUGUGAGGGACAUUCUCGGAAUCGCGUAUUAUCGCCAUGACGACCUUUGGAAGCAAGCUAAAUAUGCCCAAAGUGUGAACUUGCGAGAUUGCGAGAAUGUCCCUUAAAGUAUUCCACAGUUUAUCAGAGCUUUAUCGCGAUGUGUCAGCGUAUUGUGUGAGGGAAGCCCAAAGUGACGCAUGCGCAGCUUGUCGACUGCUGCUACUUUUCACUGAAUUCUAUGGGGUUCUAACAAAGAGAUCAUUUACAUACUAUUAUAUGCAGAUAUGUAGAAAUUCAUUAUGUUCCAAUGGACACAUAAAAUAUAUAAUGGUAGUCAUCACCUUGGUCAUGACAAAUACAUAGUGUACAGUACGAUUACCUUUUAUCGAUAGCCAUGUUAUUCCAUGUUCCUUUUUUAGUUAUAAUGUUUUUAAUUUUAACAGGUUCAAGUAAAGUAACCUGGGCAGUUUUAAUUAACAUUCAUAAGUUAAUGAAUCUUUUCCAAAUAACUUAUUUAAUAGAUUCAAAAUUCGCAGUAAAUAUGCAUGUUUUCAAAGUGAAUGGACUUAAAUGAAAAAGAAAAAUCAUUCUAUUAAUGGUUAUGUCUUGGCGUUCGACUGCAAAGUGCGGAGACGGAGCCACUGAUUCUGUUUGACAUUGGCAUGAUUAAAUGAGUUCUUUUCUACUCAAAUUUGCCUUGUUUUUCUUGUGUGUGGGGUGAACGGUGAAAUGUUCGUAUCACGUGCACAUCACGUCGACCCUGUUAAUGAAUGUGACUAUGUCCACCGACAUUGGGCUGGGUAAAGUUUGCAAACAUCAAAGAUGUCUUCGGUUCAUCCCUUAGGUUCUCUCGCUUGUUCUACUCACACAUGAUACAUCGAGUAAUGAUAGUUUUAGUCGUGGUCAUUAUUGGUACGACGCCAUCUAGAGAAGAAGACCAUCCCAUAAUCAGGAGAAUAGUUCUCAGAUCUCCUUGAUAACCUAUAUCCCUUUCUUUCUCAGGCGGUAUCAUGAAUGAGAGUUAUCAAGAUCAUAACGGCCAACCCUAUCAUUUCUGUGGGUGAGAUGAAAUGGGGUUUAACGUCGCGUCCAAGAUUAUUGCACUUAUACAGCGACGUGUCAUUUCCGUGAGCCAUUGUACCUCCACGCCGUCGAAGGAAUAUUAUGCUGCGAGGAUUUUCAACAGUUCCGAUUAGUUCUUUAUUCAUACAAGACUUCACCGCGAUUCGCUGUGCAGAGUUGCGUCCCUUGGGCACGCCAGAAACCUAUGAUUGUGGGUUCGAAUCCCGGUUCGCCCCGAUUAUGUUUCUAGGUUUGUCAGC